AUGGAUUGGCGGAAGUUUCACCUGUUGAUGAACUCUGCGAUCAAACACCACUCGGAUGUAAGGAGAAUGAUUGCAGGCCAGGAACCCCAUUCAUGGAAACCUGGAGAGACAAAGACUCCAGCCGUUUUGUUCGGAUAUCCUCUUGGUGAUCGCAAUUUACAAUCGUUAAUGAAAGUGGGUCAGGAGAGCCAGGCAACAGAGCCAAACGACAAAAUAUAUGGGCUAGAAGGUCUUGCAGAUGAAUUGGAUACCAAUCAGUUCCCUAGAGACUAUGGCCUUCAUUUUCGUGAAGCCUAUGCAUCAAAUAUUUCGACCAAGCUGAUAUUCCCAACCAUGGUCUUUGAAAGACUCUACAACGCCAGUGGUAGCUCCUCUAUCCAGAACCUUGAGGAAGAUAAUCUUCAGCUUUCCUUACAGGGCCUACUGGUUGGAAGUAUUGCUCAAUUGUCAGAACCAGCAGGAAGGUUUCACAAUAUGAACGAUCCUGAAAAGAAUUUGAUCUUCCCGGGAGGGGCAUGGUCUCAAAUAGCUCAAAAGUGGGCACAGGGCGAGACAAAUACACGCCGACUAUGGAACCAAUCCAGCUCGCCUACUACCGCAUUUGCAUUGGUGGCAACUCUCCAUCUAAAAGUGCAGGCAAGCGUCGUGCGAGAUUGCAAGAAACAAAUUUGGUUGCCAGGCCUGCUGAAGGCCAACGUACUCGCCAUUUACGAGUUGCCCAAAAAUUCCGAAGGGAUGACAGGAACAGAGUGUUCAUAA